AUGACGCCGUCCACGAGACGAUCAGGUGUUGUUGUCGUCGAUACUCCGGCCUCGUCUUCGAAGGCGAUGAUGACACCCACAUCAGGCGGCAGGAGCAAGUUUGACGCUGUCGUUCUCCGCGCCAGCAGGACAGUCGCUCCCCCAUCCACACCCAGCGGCCGUGUCACUUUCUCUCAACACAACAAGACAAAACUUUUCCGAAUCAACGACGUCUUGGGCUCCGAUCCACCUUCUGCAGCUGGGUGCAGCUCGCCCGUCGCUGGAUCUUCCUCGCCGUGCCAGCGUGCGAAAGCUACGCCGACGCGGGGCAUCCUCAAAAUGACCAACAAACAUCAGAUCCGGCUGGCCAAAUCUGUCCGCGAAGGCACUUGGGGCAACCGCGAGCCGGCACGAUUAGUCGUUUCCGGCAACAAGCCGAGACGGAUGCCGAAGGAUACGACGAUACUCGCUCAAGUCUGCGACUCCUCCGACGUGCAAGGCGCCCCGCCUUCCUCGGACGACGACCCUGCCUCAGACGAGCCAAACAUUGCGAACCCCAGUGAUCCGAUGGACGACGCCUCAGAUGACGAGGAGGAAGAAGAGGUUGAGUGCCUGCAUCCGACAUCACUUGUCGGCGUCAUCCUCGACGGAACGGAAGACCUGCUCACUCUUGAGGAGGCGUACAACACGUUGACGAUGAGAUUACGAGAAACGCUGUACGACAUGGGACCGCCGACUGCGGCCCAGGAUACCGCCUUCAACCUGGUCUGCCACCCUAUUCUCGAGGAAGCUCCUGCCAUGGUCCGCGCCAUGCAGCGUGAUCUGCAGCGUCUCAUGGGCAAGGUGCCCAGCGCCGAGACCGACGCCGUGUCCUCCCCGUUCCGGCCGCCAUCGUCUUCGAACAACUCUCCGCGAAAACGGUUACCGUCACCCGAUCAGACGCCGCGACGGGGAUACACCGAAUCUGAAGUGCGGUAUCGACGUGAAUCAGCUGAUGUCGGAUGCGCCGUGCUCCGGUUCCUCGCCUGUAUCUUCAACUCUCCUCGACUGUUCCACGGCUUCAGCGAGGUUGACCUCGAGUCACUGCUGGACCUCGUGCUUGUUAUUCCGAAAUCGCCAACGCUGCCGACGCCGAGCCCGAAGCGGACAUACACACUCGCAAUGAUCGUACUGUCGCAUCUGCGCCUCGCGACGUCCAUGGUGCAGCGCUCGCAGCAGAAGAUCGCCGCUGCUAUCGAGGCUGGCCUGGUUACGAUCGGCACCGGGUCCUUCCCCCUGAAGGACCCAUCGCCCAUUCGCAAGGAGGCGUUCAAUGCUUGGGCAAACCUCCUGCGGAUGUAUCCUUCCACUUUCUUCCUUUCUUAUCCUCAACUUCUCCCCCCGUGUCUCCGGGCCCUUGCGAGCCCCAUUGUGGCCCUGCGCAAGUGUGCGGCUGCUACCCUUGCCGCCGUCAUCUACGCUAAACAACGGCUAGCUGAGGAAGCUGAUCAGAUCCUGGGUCGCGGACCGAUCGAUGCGCACGAGCGCAAGACGAAACGCCAGGCAAUCUCGAAGAGCGAAGCGUGGACCUCCUCGUUCCUGAAGUCAUCGAUGAGGACGUACACGGCAGGCGAGAAGCGCAACGAGUGGAUGCCCAUCGAGACGACGUUCAGGCAGACAGUUGGCUCGGCUGACCAGGUUGCUUGGGCGUGUACGACGUGGGCGCUGCUCGUUACCCUGCUCGGACAAGAGUACAACGCGUGCUCGCUGGCCCCUCUGAUCGAGCACAUCAUGGACCGCUCGAUGCGUCCUUCGACCAACCCUACUCGCCCAACCCUGGCCGCCACAGCUUGGCAGCAUGCUAUCUACGCCUACCUCAUGGCGGGCUCAUCUACCUCUGUGUCGGAGGAGGGGCGUCUGAUCCGUUCCUACAACCCGUUCAUCGGGUCGGCGGCUCAGGACUCGACCGCGCGCGUCAAGACAAUCUCCUUGCCUGUUCAAUUCGCCCUCGAGCAGGCUAACGGAGACGGGAACGUCAGUUUCUCGUAUGCCCCUUGCGCCGAGUUCAACGGCGAAGUCCGCGGAUCGUGGCAGCGCGCUGAGAAGUCGAAGAAGUUCGCUUGGAUGGUUACCACUGGCCUCACUGCUCCGGCCGUGGUCUACGCGUACUCUGUCGUUGCCCUCAACCACCAGGACCCAUCUGCGAAAGAGCUCUCGAAGAUCUCUGGCAUGCCUUCCUCCGACGGCGCUGUUGCAGAGAUGACACCUGAAGAACGCCGCCUUCCCAACUUUGACCGACUCGACCGCACGUUCGACCUCGUCCUCAUGCCGACGCUGCAGCAGUUCUUCGCUAUUCGCGGUGUCGAUCGCCUGAAGAACGCCGGAUGGGAGAUCUUCCAAGCCGUCACUGCUGCCGAAGGCAAGGCGAAGGCCCUCGACCGCCUCCUCUGCGAGCGAUACUUGGCCGGGGAUGUCAUAGGGAUGGAUAAGGUCUUGCCCGAGACAAUCGCCCAGUUCGAGAAGGAGCGUAUCGCUGCUUCCGAAAUCCCAGGCUGGGGACGAGUCUGGGUUGCGAAGCGUCUCGGCAAGCUCAUGUCCCUCUUCCAGGAGGCUUUCAACGGCAUCCGUGGCAUCAGCGAGCUCAGCGCUGUUCAGUGGGUGACCAACGCUGAGGGUGUUGUCCUCUUGCCGAUGACACUCUCCAACGUUUGGCGAAACCUCAUGCAGGGUAUCGCCUCCUCGACCCUUCCCGACGGUGGACCUACACCGCUGUUCGUCUGCGGCCUGCAAGUCGCUGCUCAGCAGAUCGUGUCCGUCAUGCAGUCCGAUCCCGCCGUCUACAUCCCCGUCUGUCUGCUGAACGAGGAAGGCAAGUCGACUCUCAACACGGAUGCGAUUCGUCUUGGCAUUGCUGUUCACCUCGUGGACGUCGCUGUCGAGGUCCUUGGUGCCACCGCUCUGGGAAGCACCCGUCUGGAUUCGAGCCCGUUGAACGCCGAUGAGUCGCAGAUUACGGAGGACUUUGGAACGACUACCUUUGUGUCGAUUGUCUUGCACCAGGUCCUUCGCCAGUCCGACUUCUCCUUCCCGCUUGACGUCAAGGUCAACGACCUGCUCCAGCAGCUCGUCGGCACUCUGCUUCGCACUGGAGCUUCUAGUGGAACCCGCUUGCUCGGCGAGGUCAGCAAUGCCAUGCCUUGGAUCUUCGAGGCGCAGGAGCAGACGCAACUGGACGUCUGGCGUAUGCUCGCGCAGAACUGGGCUUCCACGAUCGACCUCAGCCCCUCGGACUCGGCCAGCACUACGAAUCACACUGGCGCGCUUCUCGUCAGCCUGCUCUCUGGUCCUUUCCGCAAUCGCAACGCCGACUCGAUCUGGUACAUUGAACGUUCCACCGACAUUCGCGCGGCUUGGGACGAGCUGCUACGCGUCACCGUGCUCCGCUUCCGCGCCAAGCGCGCAGGCUCAAACUUUGGCGUUCUGGAGACGCUGGCUGCGCACAUCGAGGACUUUAUCAGCAUCGACGACGAGAACGGGCCUGGCACAGGCGCCCGCACCAAGGCGCGCAUGGCCUCGGAGACCACUCUCCACUGCCUCGCAGUCGCUACGGGCUGGAUCUCUUUCGUGCAGCCGGAGCACUACCACUCCUCUCACUACAGCAUCAACGAGAACUAUGUGCCGACCGACUGGCUGACCCUCCUCGCCAACUGUCUCGACGCUGCUUACGAAUGUGGCACUCACCCGUCCGAAGGAGUCGACGAAAUCGUUCAGCAGCUCAUCCAGUUGUUCCGCUCGCUCCGCCCGAACAACACUGUCGACGUCCUCGAGCCUCUCCGCCCGGCUCUAGAGAAGUGGAUGACCGACGCUUCCGAGAACGCUACUGGAAUCUUGGCCGCGUCUCUAGACGAUCUUUACGUCGCCAUUGUUUCUGCGCUCGCUCGUGCCAUCGAGAACGGUGACAUCGAGAGGUCUAGUGCCACCAUGAACUCGUACAUCGACCAGUACGCACCCCGUCUUGGCCGAACCGAGUCGCCCGAGGUGCCUGCGGCUUUCCAGGACUUCUGGAAGCGCACUUUCCAAGGUGUUCCCGGACUGGACUUCUCCGACGACGUCGCUGGCUUCCUUCACAGCCUCCGCGACGUCGACAAGACCUUCAUCACGGCUAACGGCCUGUCCACCAGCGAGGAAUCUCAGACCCAGGAAGACACUCAGGAGUCGGCUUUCGAGCCUGCGCUACCUGAUGUCGAGGACGCCCCCGCGGUCGAGGAGCCCGUUCCUUCGGCGUCCGCUGACGAACCGAAUGUCAUUCAGACGUCUGCCGACUACGACGCGGAUGUCUCCCAGUCUCAGCAGUCGUCAUCUAAGAAGCGGCGUCGUAGUGAGAUUGUCCCUCAAUCGACGCCUCUUGCUGAGAAGACCGAGAGGACGGAGGUGCCAGCUUCGACAGACGUAUUUGGGCCCAAGCGGAAGACGCGUAGCCGCAAGAAUGCACGUAAAGGCAAGUCCCGGUCGGUCCGGGAAGUGUCGUCGUCCGACUCAGUUCGGUCCGCUUCUCCCUCGUCGGAGCUGCUUUCAACUUCGCCGGGCCCGAACCCCAACGACACUGUCAUCGCCGAAACGGAGAUCGAGGACAACGGCAACUCGGACGACAGACCUUUCCCGCCCUCGUCGUCCAGCGCGCAGCGCCCAGAGACCUUCUUCGCGUCCGCCAGCCGCUGGUUGCGUAAGGUGCCCAGCCUCGGAUCAUUGUUCGCUGCUGGUCACGACACGAGCGAGGCGCAUAACAGGUCUGCCUCGGCUCCGAACGUGCUUGUUGCUGCCUCGCCUGGCGAGUCUGACCAUUCCCCUGAACCUUCCCCUUUGCACACAAAGACGCACCGACGUAAGAAGUCGAGGCGCUCUGAGCGUGUGCGCAUCCAGGAACCGGAGCCGGAACCCGAGCCUCAGCCUGAGCCCGAGGUCUCCAUCCUUUCUCCAGAGCUGGAGAUUGUCGAGCUGCCGCCUGAGAAGGCUGCCUUUCCCGCCCCGGCGGAGGAGCCCGAGCCCGAACUGGAGCCGACUCAGGUUGACACUCAACAACAAGACGACGUUGAUGCGGCGCCAGCUAUCACCCGGUCCGCGGCCCGUCGCAAGCGUCAGCAAGAAGUGGAAUCGAGCAACCGCCCGUCUAAGCGACGCCGGCGCUCUGAGCGCAACACGCGAUCCGAGACGCCUCAGAGCCAGGCGUCGUCCAAGGCCGAGGAGGAGGUGGACGAGUCGUCGCUGACGGCGCGCGAGCGACGCCGAUUGCGCCGCGCUCGUUCGCAACAGGAAGCUCAACCCGAGCCCGAACUUGAGCCAACCCAGCAGCAGUCCGAGCAGAGUACGAGCGGCAAGUUUGACGACGCGCCUGGCGAUGUUACACCCGUCCCGACUCGCCGAGUCACGCGCCAGCGGAGCCAGGCUGCGCCGUCGCCUUCCCCCGAAGCGCCUCCUUCGCCCGAUACCCCGCGCAGGUCGGAGACGCAGACGCACGUACUUGGUCUCGUUACCGAGACGUUGCGGCACACGGAUGCGAUCCGGUCACUCGAGAUGGACGACCUCGUCUCGUUCCUUGCCGGACUCGACGAGCUGCGUGCGCACGCGACGGCCAACCUCCAGGCCCGUGCUGAUGAGCAGCGAAGAGAGAGAGAAGAGCAGCGUCGUGUCAGGCGCUCCCGAAGGAAGUAG